CAAAUACUGGGGGAGGGACCAUUACGCCUCUGGCUCCGGAGUGAGUGAAGGCGGUCUCCUCAUUCAAGACUCUUGGUGAAAAAAAAUGAAGAGUCAACAGAAGAGCCCUGACCCAGAUGGCUCCAUUCCUGUCAAUGAGGAAGGGUCAGUAGCCACUGCAGAGGACCCCGCAGCUAUUGCCACCAUUCAGUCUGCUUCUACUUUCUCCGAUCAGCCAAUAAAAUAUCUCUUUAAGACAGAAGGUGCAGGUGGCCAGGUGACCUACAGGGUGAUCCAAGUCUCAGAUGGUCAGUUGGAAGGUCAGACGGAUGGAGCUGCAGCAGUCAGCCUGGUCACUGGGUUCCCAGCAGCGACACAGUCUGUGACACAAGCUGUGUUCUCUCAGUCGGAGGGAUUGGAGGGAGAGAGCACAGACACACAAUACACCUACUACCCCGCCACCAUUGCUGAUGCCACAACAGGCACCAUGGUUACCACUGUACAGGCAUCUGACACACUGCUAGGACAGACCACUCCUACAGGGCAGCUAUAUGUGAUGAUGUCACCCCAGGAAGUUUUGACAGGCGCUAGUCAGAGGACAAUAGCACCACGCACACAGCCAUACAUAGCGAAACAAGAGGCUCCUCGGGCUUCCAGAGAUGAGAAAAGGCGAGCCCAGCAUAAUGAAGUUGAACGCCGACGCAGAGACAAGAUCAAUAACUGGAUUGUGCAGCUUUCAAAGGCCAUCCCAGACUGUAAUGUAGAUUACACUAAAACAGGUCAGAGUAAAGGAGGGAUCUUGUCCAAAGCCUGUGAUUACAUAAAGGAACUACGACAGAAGAACCUGAAGCUAGGGGAAGAUAUUGGCACUCUUGACCGGCUCAGGGUUGACAACCAGCUCCUUAGGCAGGAGGUAGAAGACUGGAAGUCAAAGAACCAGAUCCUGAGGAACCUACUGAGACAACAUGGCAUUGUGGGAUCGUCUGGCACAGACCCCCAGUGAGUUUUAUUGACAGUGGGGUUUGACAGCAACCAUAUCAAGGCGAACAUAAUACUUCAAAUGCUUUCAAAUAUGUUGUAUGCAAUUGAUUGAGUGUGCAUGAAAUAGGGGCAAAUAGCAAAAUAAUCCCUUGAAAAUUUAAAUCCAAAUAUCAAAGAAAGUUGAAUCAGUUCAUCUGGACACAACAUUUAUUGAGAGAGAAACGUUUCAUAACUCAUCUAAGUGACCUCUUCAGUCUCAACUGACUGCAGGUAUCCCCACCCUUAUAAACAAUACAGUGGCAUAAUGACCGAAACCAACGACCAGUUUCAUAUACAAAUAGGCGUGAUCAUUAACUAGAGUUUCAAUGGCCAUAUGUACUAUUCGCAGAGGAUUUGGGAACUGGGAAUGUUUGCAAUCACAGCAUUGUAAGAUGGUGACAGAUGUACUCUAUGUCCCCCCGUGGUUCAGGGAUGGUCAUUCCCUCUUCACAUAGAUGGCCUCUUUGACUCCCCGUUCAAACGAGCAUUCCUCCCUGUCAAGAAUGUGCACAUCCUCAUCUUUGGCCACUGGCCGGUAGAUGGGUGUAGACUGUGGAGUCCUGGCCUGUGCUAUUGAGCUAUACAAAUAAAAUUGACUUGACUUGACUUGUGCCAUCUUCUUGGCCAGCGUCUGUUUGGUUUCCCCAAUGUGCAAGUCAUGGCAAUCCUCCCGGCAUUUAACAACGUACACUAUAUUGCCCUGUUUAUGCCGGGGGACCCGGUCCUUGGAGUGGACCAAUUUCUGGUGCCGCAUGUUUUGGGGUUUGAAAGCAACUGAGAUCCAAAUACUUUGCUGAAUUAGACAAUUGCACAUUUCUUCCAAAGAUUUUGAAAGUGCAAAUUUUCCCUGAUCGAGUAACCCUAACGUUUGACUUAAACUAGCUAAAAAAGUGAUCAACUUUUUUUUUUUCAAAAGUCAACAUUUUUUUUUGUUGAAGCCCUAAUUGAAUGCCUCAUUCAAUGAACAUAUUAUGAGUGUUCCAUUAACAUUCAACAAGCUCUUAUAUGAACAAUUUUUCCUGUAAAUGUUUUUUUCUUAACCUUUUCAAAUGCUGUGCUUUGCUGUAUUAAAUGCAGUCAUUUUGAAGUCUCCAACAUAUUUUAUUUACUCUUUGACUUUGUUAAUUUUUAUUACUUUCCUUUUGACCAGAUGAUGCAAGAUAUUUCAUCCAGUAAUAUUUUGCUUUGUAUUUUUGUAUGUCUUUCCAUUAAGCCUAACUGGAGACAAGUACAUUUGCAUUGCAACAAUGUAACUAACUAACUAAAUGAAACAAAGUUCAUAAGCAUUGUAUUGUAGGUAGCCAAUGUAUGUCUUUAUAAAAAUAAAGAGU